AUAUUAUUUUGCAUUCACAAAAAAUUUCAGGAAAUCCAUAAAGAACUGAUAGAAGGACGUGAACAAUUAGAACACGUUCUGCAGUCUAAUCAAGCGCUUCAAUCAGAUGGUCUCUCAAGUAUAUUCACUGAAUUCGAAAAUGUUACCCGAGCAUAUGAAGAAACAAUUGAAAGAGUUGAAUUCUUGAUGAAAGAAACUGAAAAAAUUCAUGAAAAUUGGAAAGAUUGGGAUGAAACACAACGCAAUUUACAGUGUAUCAUGGUUGGAAUCGUCAAGGAAUUAUCCGAAUUAAAGAAAGGAGAAAAUAAUUCGAAACAAAUUUGUUCGGAACUCGAAUUUUGCCAAGAACGUAUGAAUCGUCUUGAAACCGUUUGCAAUUAUUUGACAUCCAGUUUAUCCAUACUUCAUGAUCAGUCGUUACCAUCUUCAACUGUUUUCGAUUUCGCAUCCGAGUUAACGAUUUAUUCUAAUGCCCUUAUUCAGCUUAGAACAAGGUGUUUAUUCUUUGAAGAAUUGGUUCGAAAACGACGAUAUGUGCAUAAUAUACCAGAAAUCAAGAGCAUUAGAGAAACUGAAGUGGUACAGAAAAGUAUCAUAGAUUGGCCAUUGAAAGCAUUGUUAAUGCUUAUUGGUAUGUUGACUGUUCUUAUUACUUGGAUGACAUCCAUAGACAAUGGGCAUGUCAUCAACAACUGGCGCAAUGCCAUAGGUAUACAUUUGGAAUAUGUAAAUGGUCCACCACCCUUCUAG